AUGGCCCCUUACCAGAAGACUGUUAAGUCCAGCGCGUACUACAGCCGCUACCAGACCAAGUACCGCCGUCGCAGAGAGGGAAAGACCGACUACUAUGCUCGUAAGCGCCUCAUCACCCAGGCCAAGAACAAGUACAACGCUCCCAAGUACCGCCUGGUCGUCCGCUUCACCAACCGCGACAUCGUCACCCAGAUCGUCUACUCUGAGAUCACCGGUGACAAGGUCUUCGCCAGCGCCUACUCCCACGAGCUCAAGCGUUAUGGCAUCACCAACGGUCUGACCAACUGGGCUGCCGCCUACGCCACCGGUCUCCUCCUUGCCCGCCGUACUCUCAAGAAGCUCGGACUCGACGAGGACUUCACCGGUGUUGAGGAGGCCGAUGGUGAGUUCACCCUCACCGAGGCUGCCGAGACCGAUGAGGGCUCCCGCCGCCCCUUCAAGGCCUUCCUCGAUGUUGGUCUUGCCCGUACAUCCACUGGUGCCCGUGUCUUCGGUGCCAUGAAGGGUGCUUCCGACGGUGGUAUCUUCGUCCCCCACUCCGAGAACCGCUUCCCCGGUUACGACAUUGAAGCCGAGGAGCUCGACGCUGAGACUCUCCGCAACUACAUCUUCGGUGGCCACGUCGCUGAGUACAUGGAGGGUCUUGCCGAUGACGACGAGGAGCGCUUCCGUGGUCAGUUCCACAAGUACACCGAGAACGAGAUCGACGCUGGUGAGCUCGAGGAGCUCUACGCCGAGGCCCACAAGGCUAUCCGUGAGGACCCCUUCAAGAAGGAUGAGGAUGAGGGCUCCAAGAAGACCAAGGAGGAGUGGAAGGCUGAGAGCAAGAAGUACAAGAAGGCUAAGCUUACCCGCGAGGAGCGCAAGGCUCGCGUUGAGGCUAAGAUCCGCGAGCUUGCUGCUUAA